GUGUCGUUGUAGAGAUCCGCAUCUGAUAUGAUCUCUGCACGUAUUCAAAAUAUGCAUCAUCACAUCGCCCUUUUCCUUGCCCACUCGUGUUGGAUCAAUUCAACAACUUGUAGCCUAUACAUUUCUUCUGCACUUGUGUUUUUUUUUAGGCAUGUUAUCCUUUACGUUUGAGGGGUGAUGCUGGAGUAUAGAAACCUCCGCAUCCUUUCUCUAAUCUAAUUGUCAGUCUUGGCAUCGCUUGUGAACGUGCAGUCCCACUCGCACCCUCCUGCCACGUGGUUCCCAUCCCAGCCAAUCAAACGGCGAGAAAGAAUGUCUUCCUGAUUCGGUCCAUUUAUCAGCAUCGCGGACUGUGACGACCGCCUUCUCUGUCGACCGAACGAGAGACAACACUACCCCUGCACACAGUUAGGCCAGAUAAAGUUCCAGAACCAUGUCCAUCCUGAAGAUUCACGCUCGUGAGAUUUUCGACUCCCGUGGAAACCCCACCGUGGAGGUCGACCUGUACACCAAGAAAGGUCUGUUCAGGGCUGCCGUCCCCAGCGGGGCCUCUACUGGUAUCUAUGAAGCUCUGGAGCUCCGUGACAACGACAAGACGCGCUACCUGGGCAAAGGUGUCUCAAAAGCCGUUGAUCAUAUCAAUAAAACUAUUGCACCUGCGCUUGUACGGCAGGAUGUCAGCGUCCUGGAGCAGGAGAAGGUUGACCAGCUGAUGCUGGACAUGGAUGGCACAGAGAACAAGUCUAAGUUUGGUGCCAACGCCAUCCUGGGCGUGUCCCUGGCUGUGUGCAAGGCCGGUGCUGCUGAGAAAGGUGUCCCCCUGUACCGUCACAUCGCUGACCUCGCUGGAAACCCCGACGUCAUCCUACCCGUCCCCGCCUUCAACGUGAUCAACGGAGGAUCCCACGCAGGCAACAAGCUGGCCAUGCAGGAGUUCAUGAUCCUCCCUGUAGGAGCCAGCACCUUCAAGGAGGCCAUGAGGAUCGGAGCCGAGGUCUACCACAACCUGAAGAACGUCAUCAAGAAGAAGUAUGGCCAGGACGCCACUAACGUGGGAGACGAGGGAGGCUUCGCCCCAAACAUCUUGGAAAACAAGGAAGCUCUGGAGCUGCUGAAGGAAGCCAUUAGCAAAGCCGGCUACACCGACAAGAUCGUGAUCGGCAUGGACGUGGCCGCCUCCGAGUUCUACAAGGACGGGAAAUACGACCUGGACUUCAAGUCACCUGACGACUCCAGCCGUUACAUCACCCCAGACCAGCUGGGAGACCUCUACAAGAGCUUCGUCAAGGAUUACCCAGUGGUGUCCAUUGAGGAUCCCUUCGACCAGGAUGACUGGGCGGCAUGGUCCAAGUUCACGGCUGAGACCAGCAUCCAGGUGGUGGGUGAUGAUCUGACCGUCACCAACCCCAAGCGCAUCGCCAAGGGUGUGGCCGACAAGGCCUGCAACUGCCUGCUGCUCAAGGUCAACCAGAUCGGCUCAGUCACAGAGUCCCUGCAGGCCUGCAAAAUGGCCCAGACCAAUGGCUGGGGGGUGAUGGUCAGCCAUCGCUCUGGGGAGACCGAGGACACUUUCAUCGCUGACCUGGUCGUCGGUCUCUGCACUGGACAGAUCAAGACCGGUGCCCCAUGCAGAUCUGAGCGUCUGGCUAAGUACAACCAGCUGCUCAGGAUUGAGGAGGAGCUUGGAGACAAAGCUGUCUUUGCUGGCCAGAACUUCAGACACCCAAUCUAAGGAGGUUCAACGUCUCACUUGGGCCCUUCGUGUUUUCAUCCUGCAUAAGUACAGUAAACACCACCACAUAAAAGGCACGCUAGGUCUCUACGCACCGCCCUGUCCAGAGGAAGGAAUAUGGAGUGGCAUUGACAUUAAACCCCAAUGUCCAAGUCUGUGGUUCCGUUAGCACGUUAGGAAACCCUACUGAUCUAACUUGUCCUGCACUGACCGUAAUGCACCGCCACCAACCUAACCUCUAUGACUCCUUGUGUUCUUUGUGUCAGUGUAACUUUAUCGCGUGACGAUGAGAGAUGUUUGUUUUUGUGUCAGUGUAACCUUAUCGCGUGACGAUGAGAGAUGUUUGUUUUUGCUUCUUGUGAGUUGUAGUGAUUCUUGGUUGUCACCUAUGAGUACUAUUAUUCUAGUGGAGAGCUUCUGUAAGUUUAGCACUGUGCUGUUAUUGGACAGGACAGACAGAGGACUGUAUGUGUCACCUCUGAAGAGAAGUUCUCGUGUUGCUACUGUAAGCCCUGGCAGAAUUACCCGAAAUAAACCGAUGAAACAGACAGUCA